AUGUGGACAAUUUGGAAGGCUAGAAACAACUACGAGUACAACAACAUAGAGCCUAACCCAGAGUCUACCAUCAAUCAUGCAAGAAUAAUAGAGAAAGAAUACAACAGCCUAAUAAAAGAAAACAUCUCCAAAGUCAGAGAAGACAACAAAGGGAGAUCAUUACCUGUCAUUUGGAGACCUCCUCCUCAGAGCUGGCUCAAGGUAAAUUCUGAUGCUGCUUUUUCCAUUGGAACUAAGACAGGGGCAACAGCUUCAGUGAUCAGAGACCAUACAGGAAAAAUCCUGGGGGGAUCUGCAACAGUGAUUCAAGCAAACUCAAGCCUAUCAGCAGAGGCACAAGCAUUAAGGGAAGCUGUAAUUCUAGUGGAAAAUUUAAAUAUUCAAAGAGCCAUCAUUGAAACAGAUAGUCUGCAGAUUGUUCAGACUCUCAAGUCAGGGGAUACAAUUUGGGAAAUAGACCCAAUCAUUCAAGACAUAAUUUCUAUUCAAAAAAGACUCUCAAACUGUGGUUUCACCUGGACCCCUCGAGAAGGAAACAGACUGGCUCAUUCACUAGCAGCUCUGAAACUCAAAAAUCUACUUCCUGCUAGUUGGCCAAUAACUCCCCCGCCUCAAACUGCAGACAUCAUCAGAAGAGAAAGAAUUGGACUGCUUCUCCAAAAUUCUCAUCAGCAAACCUGA